AUGGGCCUACAUUUCUAUCGCAACCCUGAUGAGGAUGAGGUCAACAGUGCAGCCGCAAAACUCGAUCGGGCUGCUGCGUGGAGACGCUCUGGUAUACGACGCGAUCCUGUGGCUCGUCCGAGAGAUCAAUCUCCCACUGCCGGACUUACAAAUAUAAUACGCAGUCGCCAUGAGAUGCGACAAGCACGUCUGCGAGCACAUCGGGAGUUCCCAGAGACCGAUUCUCAAAUUGAAAUCCUGGAGGCUGAGAUAGAGCGUCUGCGCAGAGAACGUGAAAGGACCAUCGCACGACAGAACGAACAAACUCGCGACCGUCUUGUUCGUCACAUUGAAAACACCUUGAAUCUAGCAAGCGCUGGCUCGCCGUCGUCACACGGUGGUAUAUAUCUGCCACCACUCACGGACGAAACAGUCGAGGAACAGGCGUCCUCUGAAGCUAUCUCUCUCCCUCGCCCUGCCAGAGAGUCCAAUCUGCGCUUCGAAUUAGACACCACUUCCGCGGCCAUCCCUAUUUCUCCUAGGCAGCAAGCAAAUUUCAUUCCAAGUCCACCACUCUCGUUGAGUGACGCUUCAAGACGUCGACCUGUGGAUGGACCCCUGGAGACAUGGGAAACUACUCCAUCCUUGACGAGAGACUUUGCUCCUGCCCGUGUCGCCAGAGCCACUUUAAGGGGAAGAGAAGACUCGACAGCUGCGACCACUACUACACGACAGACAGAAGAUGAUGGUGCGCCUGGUCUCGAAACCCCUCCGCCAGAAUCAUGGGAAGGCUCCUAUCCACCUCUUCGUCGAGUUCCACACAUGUCACCACGUCCACUCCCACGCACCACUCUUGAUGGUCUUGGAGAUAGACGCCGCAGUCCAAGCCCUUUGUUGUCGGAAACACCCGAAGAAGCUACCUGGAAUCAUCUACUUACUACAAUGGACAACAGCACUCGCACGAAUACUGCAAGCGCUUCUACAUCAUUCACGUCAACCGUAUCGACGACCGCUCUUUCCACCUUGGAGCGCCAGAUACAGAGCGCUUCGACCAGUUUCGGCGAAAUAGGAUCUUCAUCUGAUGACACGUGUGAUCUCCCUCCAGGCAUUACAGAGGACGAUGUGCGCCGUAUCCGGGACCGUCAUCGACGCAGUGCUCGACGACUUCCAAACACUUCGCGAAGAUACAUUGCCGAGUCUGACCACCAUGAUCGCUUCCUAGAGAGUCUGGUGGACAGUAACACGGACACUGCCAUUGGAAUGUCAUCCCUUCGAGGAGAACCAUCUCUAGCUACUCUUAUUCAGGAAGAAAGAGCUAGAAAUCGUAGACAGAGAAGACAGGAUGAGUUGACCAUGCUGCAAGCUAUAGCUAACAGGCAACAAAACCACGAGACCAUACCUGAUGAUUGGUGGAGUCUUGCAGGCCUGCCCGCUAGCCUAGCCAGAGCUCACAACGACAUAUGA